CAGUAGAACAGGUACUCGGGUACACUGCACACUUAGCUGGCUAGUGUCGUUCACAGCAGACGCUCGCCCACUGUCAGUUCGUGUCACAUCAUCCUCAAGUGCACUUCACCCUUCAUACCUGCCGUCAAAGCUUGUGAUAACCGUCGGUGUGCAGACAUACCUGGUUACCAUGGCUGCCAGACUUGUUGCUACACUGGUUAUGGUGGCGUUGGCGGCUGCUGUGCUGCCUGGGAACAACACCGUCACGUCUCUCCUACCUUCCUCUUGGGUCGCCAGGUUUUUCUUCAAUGACUUCCUGCUGGCGCCGCUGACAGUAGUGAGAAUCCUGAACGACGUGUGUGUGGCGAGCAGCGGUCGUGUGGGCACCUGCAUGUCUAAGAACGAGUGUGUCAGAAAGAGAGGAACAGGCACCGGUACAUGUGCUCGGGGCUUCGGCGUGUGUUGUGUCA